AUGAUGGAAGGCGCGUCUUCUAGCUCCUCGUCAGCCCACGACCUAGGUCACAACGAUAUUCUCGCCAAAACAGCCUCAGCAACAGUGACAACAGCAACUCCGCAGUCCAGAACAAUCAACGAAUUCGAUCGCGUUUCGGACGCAGACUCUGGAAAUUAUGACUAUCAUGAUAUCGUCCGCAACGCCCGCAAUGUCGACAGAGACUCGGACCAUGGCUUCAACAAGCACGAUCAAAAGGACAUGAAGCGAAUGGGCAAGACCCAAGAACUGCGGCGCAACUUUCGAGAACUAUCCACCAUCGCCUUCGUAGUUGUACUCCAAGGAACCUGGGAAGUCCUUCUCGCCGCCUCAACUCAGGGAAUGACAGAUGGAGGCCUAGCCGGGCUCUUCUGGUCCUACAUCUGGACUUUUGCCGGAUUCUCCCUGGUAGUCAUUUCCCUAGCAGAAAUGGCAUCCAUGGCGCCGACCAGUGGAGGACAGUAUCACUGGGUUAGCGAAUUCGCUCCUCCGCGACAUCAGGGAUGGCUGUCAUAUUUCACGGGAUGGAUGUCUACCCUGUCGUGGCAAGCUGGGACGGCGUCUGGCCCAUUCUUGGUGGGAACGCUCAUACAGAGUAUGAUCUAUGUCAACGAUGAAACUUAUGUUGGGACGAAUUGGCAGGGGAUGAUGUUUGUGUGGGCGAUCACGCUGGUCGUGUAUUUCUGCAAUGUGUAUGGUGGCCGAGCUAUGCCGGUGUUUCAGAACUUGAUGCUGAUUCUGCAUGUGUUUGGUUUCUUGACGAUCAUCGUAUGCCUAUGGGUACUCGCGCCUCGCAAUCCUGCUCAUGUCGUCUUCACGCAAUUCUCGAACGGAGGGGGAUGGUCCAGCAUGGGCGUGUCACUUAUGAUUGGACAGAUCACGGCGAUCUACGCAUGUAUCUGCUCGGACGCUGCAGCGCAUAUGUCAGAAGAAAUCAAAGACGCGGGUGUGACUGUACCGCGCGCGAUGGUUGGCUCAUAUCUGCUUAAUGGCGGCCUCGGAGUAAUCUUCUUGGUCUCAUUUCUCUUCAGUAUCGUUGACUUGGACGGCGCACUUAAUGACGGCUCGGGUUAUCCGUUCCUGUUCGUCUUCACGAACGCUUUCAGCUUGCCUGCUGUCAAUGCGCUGAGCGCGAUUGUGAUUACUCUCAUCUUUGCUGGAACACUAUCGUAUAACCUGUCGACAAGCAGGCAGACCUGGGCCUUCGCUCGCGACCAGGGUAUGCCAUUUUCAAAGUGGAUCGCUCAUGUCAACCCGAAGCUGGAAGUACCGGCCAAUGCAGUCGCGGCCACCAGUGGCAUUACCUUUAUUCUAUCACUGAUCAACAUUGGAUCUGAGGUGGCUUUGUAA